CUAUGCUAGUUUAAGCGUAAUAGACUUCUCCUAGACCCGUCAACGAAACCAGUUAUUGUAUAACAUUGUCGAAACUGAUAUUUUCUGCAAGAAGACAGAGAUCACAAUCGUUGUUGUGUGAGUCACUGAAGAAUCUUGCCCGAAGAUGAUCGACUCCUCUCUUAGUUCUUUGGGUGCAGAAGUUGUCCUCGCUACGUCCAGCGAUAAUAAUCACCCACCAGAAAACAUCAUUGACGGAAACACUAACACGUUUUGGAUGUCAACCGGGAUGUUUCCUCAAGAAUUCAUCAUUCGCUUUGCUCAAUCCACUCCGGUGUCCGCUGUGACAGUGGACAGCUAUAAUGUCAAGCAUCUACAUAUAGAAAAGAACACCUCACAAAAUGUCUCCCAAUUUGAGUUUGUUACAGAGCAAGAAUGUAAACAUACGGAGGGACAUCUUCAGUCAAAUACUAUUUUGCUAAAUGGAAGCGAUGCAACCCACCUCCGUUUUGUCAUCACUUCUGGAUAUGAUCACUUUGUCUCAGUGCACAGAGUCAGUGUACAAAAUGCACACACAUGAUUUUUGUGAAUUAAAGACCUAUAUGUAUGUAUGACUUUA